UUUUGGACGAAUGGAGUAAGUUUUAAGAAAAAAAAAAGACUAGUACUAUUCUUUUACUAAUGCUAUUCGGAUGGAAUACAUGUACGGAGUUGAAUUCCGAUGUUUGCUUUUUUUAUUCGGAUUAGUUAUUCAGAACGAUUUCUGCUCACACUCGGCCUGUGUCAUAUCUAUAAACAAAACACAGGAGUGACUAAUUUAUAGAAUUAAUCAAUCGUAACUAGUUACGUGACAACGAUCAAUACGCUAGUAUUGCAACUCACCGGCGGCACGUAUACGUACACGAUGUUUCUGCUGUGUGGCUGUGGCACCGGCUCCCAGCCGACGCGACUGCGGUCCCAAGACAACAACGGCGGCGGCGGCGCGGCGGCGUUCACGUUCCUGUGGGGCAGACCACGGUGGAAUCGGCCGGACAUGCGGCUGACGUACGCCGUGUCGCCGUUGGCCACCGCCGACCACCUCCCGCGGGACGCCGUGCGGGAGGCGUUCCGGAGCGCGCUCGCGCGGUGGGCGGAGGUGACGCCCCUGAGGUUCGCGGAGGCGGCGCGCUACGAGGAGGCGGACAUCAGGGUGGGGUUCUACCUCCACACAGCCGACGGCAAGUGCGACGCGUGCGGCUGCGUCUGCAAGGGCGGCGGCGAGGAGGCGCUCGCCCACGCGCACCCGCCGCAGGACGGGCGGAUACACCUGCACGCGGCGCGGAAGUGGGCGGUGACGAACGUGGCCGGCGCCGGCGGGGACGCGCCGCCGCUCGCCGUCGACCUGGAGUCGGUGGCGGUGCACGAGAUCGGCCACGCGCUCGGGCUCGGCCACUCGUCGUCGGAGAGCUCGAUGAUGUACAGGCAUUACAGGGGGAAGGUGAGCCUCACCGACGACGACGUCAAGGGCGUCCAGGAGCUGUACGGUGCCAAACCACCACGUGUCGACUUGACAGCCGACUCCAAGCCCAAGCGCGUCGAAACUAUAAGGGAAAUUGAACAGCACAUCCAGCAGAAAAAGGAAACAGCAAAGAAAAAACCCUUUUUUUGGCGACUCGUACGUCUACCACUCUACCCUCCAUGUCUUGCCUGUGCCGUUAAUAGUUAGCAUGGUCUCACGCUUCACUUGCAUUGAAUAACUUAUUCAGAGAUUUGCCAUAGCUUUGAUUAAUUUUUAUUAGACAUUGUUUCUUCUUGAAAGGGUAAUAGUGUUGGUUACUUGAAUAAUAAGUCUUUAAAAAAGGUCGUCGUGUUGGGUUUCACCUAGAUGUCUUCC